CCGAUCCCAUCUCAUCCCAUUCCUGGCUUCAUUCCGUACCCAUCCCAUCCAGGCCCUCCCCGCACCGCGGCAGGCCGGCCACCGCAGUCACACUGUAGAUGAGUGUUUCGCCGGAGCCCUAAUUCUCAUUCCGAUCCCCACGCACUCGACCGUAGAAUCGCACACAGUGAGCGAUCUCGGCAGCUAGGCGGCGUGCAGCUCCGGUGUCCAGAUCGAUCCAUGACGGGGUGCCUCUGGCCGUGCGUCUCCAGCGCCCAUGCCACGUCGGCGGGGAGUGGCGCGGGUUUGUUCGGGGCCAGGGGCAGGAGCCCGACGGAGGUGGUGAGACACCUGCGCGACCUCCUCCGCUUCGUCGCCGACCACCCAGAGCGAUGCGGUGGCAAACUUGAAGGCAAGCGUUCACAAAAGAUUAUAGAUAUAAGCAAAGGCAUCAGGGAAAUGAAAUUCAUUCUCUAUGGAAAUGGCGAGGGUGAUCCUGUUGCUGAAGCAUGCACGCAAUUGACAACGGAGUUCUUCAAGGAUAAUACUCUGCGUCUAGUAAUUCUAUGCGUUCCAUUUAUGGACUUGGAAACUCAAAAGGAUGUAGGUUUCGUUUUUCAAAAUCUGGCAAGACAAAGGGUAGAUUCAAGGAUGCUUGCCUCUGACUACUUGGAAGUUAACCUAGAUCUUUUGGAUAUUUUAAUGGCUGGGUUUGAUAACACGGACAUUAUGAUACAUUAUAGUUCAAUACUGAGGGAUUGCGCACGUCACCAAGUGGCUGCACGGUAUGUAUUAUAUUCUCAGCAUAUGAAGAAAUUCUUCGAUUAUAUCCAGUUUCCAGACUUUAGUAUAGCAUCAGAUGCAUUCAAGACAUUUAAGGAACUCCUGACAAGGCAUAAAUCAUCAGCCGCUGAAUUCUUCACCAAGAACUAUGAUUGGUUCUUUUCAGAAUUUAACUUCAAAUUGGUACAAUCUUCCAACUAUGUCAUCAAAAGGCAGUCUAUUCAGCUAUUGGGAGAUAUUCUCACAGAGAGAACAAAUUCAGCAGUGUUGCUGCGCUACGUCUGCUCAACGGAGAAUCUCAAAGUUCUAAUGAACCUUUUAAGGGAUUCAAGCAAACCUAUACAAGUAGAGGCAUUUCAUGUUUUCAAGCUGUUCACUGCAAAUAAAAACAAGCCACGUGAGAUUGUCACCAUACUGGUGGCAAAUAAGGGCAAACUCAUCAGGUUCCUCGACGGCUUCACUCUGGAAAAAGAGGAUAGGGUGUUCGAGUCGGACAAGGCCCAAGUACUUGACAACGUCAUAGCCAUGAAGUUGUAGAAUCGACAUGCACUUCUUCUCGUUCUUUUGCUUUUUUUUCAAUUACUUCAUAAAACCGACUUGCAAGUUGGAUUAGGAUGCCUAGCUGGUUUGGGCAAUAUGAUGCCAUGUUAAUUCUUGAGCG